AUGGUGUCUCUUGUCGCGGGAGCUGUAGCAGGCGGCGUUGAAGCCGCAGCGACAUACCCGUUCGAGUUCGCGAAGACGCGGGUCCAGCUUCACAGUGACCCAGCACAUCCGCGGCCGCGCAACCCUUUCCUUGUCGUCAGUGAAGUCCUCCGAAAGGAAGGCGCGCGUGCACUGUACAAGGGAUGCUCGAGCCUCAUCAUCGGUUCAAUGGGGAAGGAUGCCGUGCGUUUCCUCUCGUUCGACGCGAUCAAGAAUGCGUACAAAGAUCCACAGACGGGCGCGCUCACUCCCAUGCGCAACAUGCUUGCGGGCAUGACCGCUGGUGUAGUCGCGAGUAUCUUUGCCGUCACGCCUACCGAGCGCAUCAAGACCGCCCUCAUCGACGAUGCGAGAGAAGAAAAGAGGUUCCGAUCAGGCCUGCACGCCGUCCGGGUCUCUACCAGGAAGGCGGGCGCGACGGCCUUCCGCAUGGGCACCUACAACAUUCUCAAGGAUUACGAGAGCACGCGGCACAUCGAGCAAAGCGUCGCCACGAACUUUGCCAACGGCUCCAUUGCCGGGAUCAUAACGACCUACGCGACGCAGCCGUUCGACACGAUCAAGACGCGUUCGCAGAGCGCGCGGGGCGCGACGACGGUGGAGGCGUUCAGGGGUAUACUGGCGGACGACGGCGUGAGGGGGCUCUGGCGCGGGACGGUGAUGAGGCUCGGGAGGACGAUAUUUAGUGGAGGGAUCCUGUUCACUGUGUACGAGCAGGUCGCUGCGCUGCUGGACCCUAUCAUGGCACCGAAGUACCGCUGA